GCGAUUCCUCCGCCCAUAUCCGCCUCCACCCCAACUCCGGUCCCCUGCGCCCCAGGUCCCCAAUGGCAGCAGCCGCCUGCCCCGCCUUCCUUCCAUACUUCCCGCUUCUGCUACUGCUGUCCUGCUGGUCCGGGUCAGGGCGGGCCGACACACACUGUCUUUGCUAUGACUUCACCAUCACUCCUAACUUCAGACCUGAACCACGAUGGUGUGAAGUUCAAGGCCUGGUGGAUGAAAGGCCUUUUCUUCACUAUGACUGUGUUAACCACAAGGCCAAAGCCUUUGUUUCUCUGGGGAAGAAAGUCAAUGUCACAAAAACCUGGGAAAAACAAACUGAAACACUAGGAGACGUGGUGGAUUUCCUCAAUGGGCAACUGCCUGACAUUCAAGUGGAGAAUUUAAUACACAUUGAGCCCCUCAUUCUGCAGGCCCAGAUGUCUUGUGACAAUGAAGCCUAUGGACACAACAGAGGAUCUUGGCAGUUCCUCUUCAAUAGACAGACUUUCUUCCUGUUUGACUCAAACAACAGAAAGUGGGCAGUGCUUCAUCCUGGAGCCAAGAAGAUGAACGAUAAGUGGGAGAAGAACACGGAGGUGACCAUGUUCUUCCACAAGAUUUCAAUGGGGGAUUGUAAGAUGUGGCUUGAAGAAGUUUUGAUAUACUGGGAAAAAAUGCUGGAUCCAACAAAGCCACACUCUCGGGCCCCAGGAACAACCCAACCCAAAACCAUGGCCACCACCUUCAGUGCCUGGAGCCUCCUCCUCAUCAUCCUCUGCUUUAUCCUCCCUGGCAUCUGA